CCCUGAACAGGUCUGUCCCCUCAAAGGGGAGGCGCUCUGGUUACACUUAAUGCUGCUGCUUCCCUCUCUUGAUGGACUUUGCUUUUUGUUUUUAUCCCACUCUCCCAUCUCAAGUACCCCCAGCUGCUUACCUAUGUUGGCUUAUGGCAUCGACUUGCGAUCAUCCUUGCAUUAUUGAUGCGCUCCACGGAUAGGUUUACAGACGGGGUAGGGACCUCCGCAUUUUUGGUACUUGUAGAUCUUCUUGGAAAGGCUACAUGAGUGCGAAGAAAAGCAAAUACUGCACACAACCUGAAUAAUUGCAAACCCACCUCGCCCGCCCCAUUCAAGACAGCCUCGUUUUGUGCAUGCAUGACCGCUUAAGGUCGCAUAGCAGAACGUGACCGGCAAUUCGAAAGACGAAGGUACCAAUCAGUCGAAACAGACCACAGCCAUGGCUAGACGACUCCAUCUGGAUACUUCCAAUUUGGGAGCAAAUCAGAGAUACUCAUUUCUCGAAACCCCCUUGGAAAUGCAGACCGCAGGCUUGCAAAUUCCUCCACAGCCGCCGCAGCCGGCGACCGUGCCGGAGACACAUGCGACACAGCAAGAACAGGCUCCGUCUGAGCAAGCUCAGCUGCCACUGAACGAAAAGUCACAUCCCCUCCCAGAAGGAUCGGACCCCUCUCAUUACCCCAAUGGUCCGAAUAUAGAUCACCACCCAGCGAUCUAUGCGCCCUUCGCCGACGAGACGCCUCAGCCAGAGCAGCAUCCCGACGCAGUGGUGCCUGACUACUCGUAUGUGGUCCCUCCAGGCUCUCCGGGGCCACUUCCAAUCAAGACGAAUCCGGCGGCCCCGGAACAAUAUUCAGAACGCCUGCCCGUCGCUGUGGUACCGGAUGCAAAUCCGCUGCAAACCCCGCAAAUGCCUCGUUUCCCUCCGCCUGUGGCAUCGGGAGCACCCCAAUCAGCGGCGGAUGGUUCCAUGGUGUAUCACCAACCAGGACAGGUAGCCCAUCCUAACCAAGCGGUAAAGGGUGGAACGUGGAGUCAUAGCUUGUGCGAUUGCUCGAAUAUCUGGACCUGCUGUCUGGGCUUGAUCUGUCCUUGUAUCCUAUAUGGUAAAACACAGUAUCGGCUUUCCUUGUUGUCAAGAAAAGAGGACCCAACGAACAUGCUAGGGUACGAGACGUGUAACGGAUCGUGUACCGCGAUGGCCUUGCUAUGUGGAUGCCAAUGGCUAUUGGCGACUGUCCAACACACCCGUACGCGUAAAGCGUACGGCAUUCGAGGUGACAUUGCGUCUGACUGUGUCCGAGCAACCUGCUGCACAUGCUGCACGCUCAUUCAGGAUGAAACGGAGAUCAAGAAACGUGAGGAGGAACGGGGAAAGGCGGCCAGAGCCACAGGGACAUCUUUGGCUUCGCCUUAUUUACCACCAGUCCAGAUGUCUUAUGGGCCUCCCCACGGUAAUCGCCCGAUUGCAUACACCUGAGGUUCAUAAUUAGGGCUCUACUCAGGCUUGGAGACCCGAUCAGCUGCGAUAAUUGAUUGUGGGAUUCUUUUUCAUUCUUCCCACAGCUACAUUUCCAUUCCUCUCGUCUGGCCCUAUUUGGCUCCUUGUAUACCAUGUUGUGCGACUCGGAAGCAGCCUGUUAUUUUCCGCGAUUCGACACUGGAAUGCUAUUGCUUUGACCAGAUAUUCCGGUGGACAAUGACAUGUUCUCCCAUGCCUGAUUCAUUAUCCUUCUCUCACAAACCUCUUUGCAUCCGGCGGUGGCCCUCUGCACUUUGGCGUUUUGCUUUGUCACAGAUUCCCCCUUCUACUAUUCUCUUCAAUGUUCUUGGACCGGUCGGUUCAGGGCCACCUUUGUACAGAGACCAUAAUUCAUGUACAGUUGAUUAUAUGAUACCAAAAUGUUGCCUUGCCUCAAACUAUAUUUGAUUUCUGGGCUGAUGCGCAAAUAAUAAAUAACUAUUUCGCUCUUCAGUAGCCACAUUCUACUGAGCUUUAUCCACUGGAGCUCUUCAGGCGCCAAUUG